AUGGACGACGAUUAUGGCGCUGAUGACGCUCUGUUAGAGGCAAUGGCAGCUGUCGACUCGGUUCCUCCAGCACGCAGCUCCCUGAAGCAGCCCACGCCUCAAAUCAUCGACAAACCAUCCGCCAGCAACGGCCCCGAAAACACCGUCGUGCAGCCAAAGCCCCAAGUCAUCCAGCAAAAGACUCUCGGGUCUGGCAUCCUGGUGUCGCCUCGCCAGCGCGGCAAUCCCCUCUUGACGAGCAUCCGAUCGAUACCGUGGGAAUACAGUGACAUACCGGCGGAUUACGUCCUUGGGUUGACGACCUGUGCCCUCUUCUUGAGUCUCAAAUACCACCGCCUCCAUCCCGAAUACAUAUACACUCGCAUUCGUAAUCUCCAGGGCAAAUACAAUCUCCGCAUUCUUCUCACCCUCGUUGACAUCCCAAACCACGAAGACUCUUUACGCGAACUAUCGAAAACUUCAGUUGUCAACAAUGUGACUGUUAUACUAUGCUGGUCUGCCGCCGAAGCUGCUCGCUAUCUUGAACUCUACAAGUCGUACGAAAACGCCAACUUCUCGGCCAUCCGCGGGCAGCAGUCGUCCAAUUAUGCCGACAAACUGGUCGAAUUUGUCACAGUACCCAGAAGUCUGAAUAAGUCAGAUGCCGUAGCUCUGGUCGCUAAUUUUGGCAGCCUGAAGAAUGCAAUCAACGCAGAGCCAGAGCAGCUGAGCAUGAUUAGCGGAUGGGGUGGUGCCAAGGUAAAAAGAUGGACGUCUGCCGUUGAGGAGCCGUUUCGAGCAAGGAAAGCAGCCAAGAGAGGCUUCCAGCCAUCAUCAUCAGCAGCCGUGGCAGGACGUGAAUCAAGGGCUGUGCCUGCAAUUGCUGACACUGAUCGGCCUUCUGGGCCAGACGCUGAAAAGUCCGCAUCUGCACCCCCAACCAAGGUGACAUCACACGCUUCUCCCUCUAAAUACGGCUCGCCUGGUGGCAGCGCGCCAGGGCGUCAACCCGGAAGCACAAAGCCUCCCGCGCAGUUUCACUUCUUGGAUGAAGACGAUGAUUCUGACGAAGAGGAAGCAUUUGCCACGAUGAGCCGGGGAGAAGAACAGGCGCCUUCUCAACCUACAAACCAGCCCCAGGAGGAGCGCCAACCCAACAAAGAAAGUAGCCAGCUUAGUGAAGGCGUAGCGGCGGCAUUGGCAAAGCUGCGUCAAAACGGCUGA